AUGGCAUCUCCAACUCGCUUCAAGCUGAUCUUCCACGUCCCGACGACCGCUCUCGAGGCCUGCAAAGCGGCUAUCUUUGCAGCUGGCGCCGGCAAGUAUCCUGGACCCGGGAACUACACCGAAUGCUGCUUCACCACCGUUGGAACAGGCCAGUUCCGACCCGGAAACUCGGCGAACCCGCAUAUCGGCAGCGUAGGGACGCUCGAGCAGGUCGAGGAAGCGAAAGUCGAGACGCUCUGUGUUGGUGAAGAGGUUGUUAAAAAGGCCGUUGCUGCGCUGAAGCAGUGA